AUGGGCUUGAUUGACACUGAAUUACAUGUUGCUUUAAGAUCUGAGGAGGCGAGACAACAAAAAACAUUAACUUUGAUAGCAAGUGAAAACUAUGUAUUUCCUGAUGUGUACCUUUAUGCCGGGUCUGUACUCACUAAUAAGUACUCUGAGGGCCGAGUAGGAGCUAGAUAUUAUGGGGGAACGCAGUAUAUUGACGUCAUUGAAAGUAUGUGCCAGGCAAGAGCCUUAUCUUUAUUUGGAUUGGACCCGGCGGUUUGGGGUGUAUCUGUGCAGCCGUAUUCAGGAAGUGUAGCUAACUUUGCUGCUUACUCGGCCUUAAUUGGGCCGGGCGGGAAGAUAAUGGGGAUGAACUUGCCUUCGGGUGGACAUUUAACCCAUGGAUUCCAAACGAAGAGUAAGAAAGUAUCGGCGACUAGUUUGUAUUUUUCAUCUUUUCCUUAUCGGGUAACUGAAGAGGGUUUUAUUGAUUAUGACGAAUUAAGAGAACAAUUCCUGGAAGUCUGUCCUGAGAUUCUUAUUUGUGGGUACAGUGCGCACUCACAGGAUUUGGACUACCAACAACUAAGAGAUAUAGUUGGGGAUAAGGCCUUUCUUUAUGCCGAUAUUUCGCAUAUUGCUGGUAUUAUUGCGGCUGGUCGGAUGAACAGUCCUUUUACUUACUGCGAUGUAGUUAUGACUACGACGCAUAAGAGUUUAAGAGGACCACGUGGUGCUGUGAUUUUCUACCGUAAAUCAGUAACGGUAAAGGAUACGGUCUAUGAUUUGGACCAGAGAAUUAACUCGGCUGUUUUCCCUUUCUUACAAGGUGGACCGCAUAACCAAACUAUUGCUGGAAUUGCUCAUGCUAUGUACAUGGCUGCCCAACCGGAAUACCAGCAGUACAUUGACCAGGUCCUUCUUAAUGCUAAAGCCAUGGCCCGGGCUUUCCAAGCACGUAAUUACCAAAUCUUAACUGGCAGUACUACUAACCAUAUGCUUAUUAUUGAUCUCAAGAACAAACACGUUGGUGGUUCAGAAGUAGAGUUCGUUUGCGACCUACUCAAUCUUAAUAUUAACAAGAAUACAGUUCCUAAAGAUACAUCACCCUUAAAACCAUCAGGUAUUCGCGUGGGCGUCUAUGCCAUCACUACUCGUGGACUUAAAGAAGCAGAUGCCACUUUCAUAGUUGAAGUUAUUGACUUUGCCGUCUCCAUUUGCACUCGUUAUACCCAAUCUAAUCCUACACUUCCUAUCUCCCAAUGGCUUACUAAUGAACGAAUUACUACUGAUCCAGACUUUAUUAAGUACCAUAACAAAAUCCUUGCCCUAUCUGAAACCCAUCCUGCCCCAGUUCUAUCACAAUAA